CUCCUGAGCAACACAUCACGAAUCAAACGGCGCUUGUUGACGGAUGUGAACCUUUUGUUUAGAGGAUUCUCGACAUGCCGGAGUGUGUUGGCCUUAGCUAGCUGACCUGCUUCUAAUUUUUUUCGGGUUGCAGGCAAGCUGGAGCCUAUCCUAGCUGACUACGGGCGAAAGGCGGGGUACACCCUGGACAAGUUGCCAGGUCAUCGCAGGGCUGACACAAAGGGCCUGCUGUUCUGUGUUUGCUGACCGGAGGGAUGAUGGGAGCACUGGUGAACGUCCGGAGAGGAAGUCGCUCUCCGCCUUUGCUCGUGGUCGCCCUCGUCUCUUGCAUCAUCCUGUUCGGCUUCAACUACUGGGUGUCCAGCUCAAGAAACGUGGAGCUUCAGACUAGGCUGCUGGAGCUGGAGGAAGCCAUGCGGCGGGUGUCGACCGAGAAGACACGGGAGCAGGUGGGCCGGAGCCAAGCGGAGGAACAAGUACGCAGGCAAACGGAACAACUGGCCCUCUUGGAGGGGGCUCACCAGAGACGGCAGCAGAGCGCCCAGAACGUGUGGCAACAAGAGAAGGUACAUGAGACUCUCCUGCUCAACAUCUCUCUGACUGCUAGAAAUGUUCAGGAUAUGAAAAACCAGAUGAAGAGUCUGCGCGAGGACCUCAGUAAGGUGCAGAAGCAGCUGCAGUCGUGCGAGAACAACAUGAACACACUGAAUAAGAAACUCACCUACGAUAUGACUCAGUGUAACACACAGAUAUUAGCCCAGAAGGAAGAGUGUAAUGAAAGGGUCGCAGCAGCCAAACAGGAGACGCAGAAGAAGUACGGGAAGCGAAGUUCAGCAGCAUCUGUUGAUCGGCCUGUCAUUGACUCCACUCAGAAAAUAGUCAUGUCUAAACUCGUGUCAGAAGUGCUCCCUGGAAACGACAUGACGAAAAGCGCUGGAGGACCUCCGAAGACAGAAGCAGCUCCAGGAACAAAGCCCAAAACCGACGACCACCGUGAAACCAAUGAGUUACCACAAGAUAAAGCUGUUCUAACCAUGAAUGAUUCAUACAAGCUGGAGUUUCUGUCCACCCCAUCACUGCCCAGUCAGAACAGCACCCAGAAAAGCCUGGCCAAAAAUAUGGAAGAAGUGAUGGACAUGAAUGAAGGAGAUUUGAAGAAUGAAGAUGAUCUGUUUGACGAUGCAGCGGCCAUUAAAGCGAAGGAAGACGACGCCAUUGAAUACGACAACGAAGGCGAGAUUGAGAAACGGCUGUCUAAACUAAAAGACGAUAAAGCGGCUGGGCAAGAGUUCGAGGAGGAGGAGGCAGACUACAACGGCAACGACGAGAACGAACCGGAGUUCGAAGCUGACAAACAAGCAGAGCUCGCCGAGAUCUAACACAUGCACGCGCACACCCCCAGAGGAUCACACUCGUGACUGGAUACAGGAGUUAACCCUCCAUUCAGUCCCUGCUUGGCUAAACGGUUCCAACCCUGGAUCGGUUUGUAUGAUGUUGAGCAGGCACAGAAUUUACGUUACCGUUCAGUUUUGCUGGUGUUUCUCCUCACGUACACAAAGUCUCUUAAUUUGCGCUCGCACAUGAUGAUUUUCCGGCCUAUCAGAGGUCACAAUGCUGAAAAGCAUCCAGCGUUGAACCAUAUUCCUAAAGCGGAGGUCUUUUAUGUUCCACCGAAAGCAGACUUGUAGAAACGUCACUUGGUCCAAUCUCUUUUCCGUUUCAGAUUGCUCACACUGGGUCGAUGUCGCGUACUUGAACCGCUGCCAAGUGGAACUUUUAUAUUCCUAGCCUGCUGUAAGUGGCGGAGAAACAUGACAAUAGAACGUCAAAAUGUCAAAUUAGAAGCAAAAAGUUUUAAGUUUUUUAAAAUGAGCGCUCCUGUGUAAACCGUUCAGUCACGGGUUAAGCAAGUUCGUAUGUGUAGUGCAAAAUGGUACAGUUUUUCGAUUUGACUAAGAAACACUACAAAAAUCUAAAUCCUGUAGACGAGUACAGGGUGUGAGUACAUCGUGUAAAAAUGCUGCGUGUUGUGCGAUUUGAGAUGUAGCCCAAAAGUUAUCCACCAUAGGACAUGCUGAAGUUGGAUUUUCCCCUAAGAGCAUUCCAUGGAAUGUUUUUAACCCCGUUAUACCACAAAUUUUAAUUUGUAAAAAAAAACACACAUCCAUUUAUAGUUACAAUCAAUGAAAUGAAACGAGUAACAAUGCUAUAGCAGCUGUAAAACAGCCAUUCAACCUCCUCAACAACCUUUUUUUUUUUUCCUCUCUCAUGAAGUGAAUGAGACUGCAGACACUGGAGACUCCUUCCAUAAAUUUAAAAGAAGCAUAUUCAAGAAAGUGUAAAUAUGUUCUUGAUCAUAUAUAUAUUAGAACAGAUGUUUUUAAAACAAACUUUUUUUGUAGAAGUCUGAUUCAGAUCAGUGUAGAUUUUUAGUUACCGCUUGAAGGAAGAGUUCGAUUCAUGAAACUCCCAUCUAAGUGCAGGUCUUUCUAGAAAUCAUGCUAAUCUGAAUGUAUGAACAGUUAAUCAAACCAUGGCCUUGCACUUGUUUCCAUUUUGCUGGAAUCCGUAACGUUGUAGUUGAUCAUGUGCUUGUUAGGAAACUUUUAGUUGAGAAGUUCAGAAAAGGGAGAAGGGAAAAAAAGCCGAAGUGUAUUUCGAGAGAGAUUUAAUAUUGAAGAAGUACUGCUGGGUUUCUGAAAAUUGUUUAUGAUCUGAUUGAUUAAUAAUUGUCAAUAAAACCUACUGAAUACCAAAUAA